AUGGUUAUCCUGAUGUGUUUCAACCGCCGGAACCAGUUCACCUUCUCCGAACUACUUACUGACACUGGCAUUCCUGAGCGCGAUUUGGUCCGCAGUCUCAUGGCUCUCUCGCUCAGCCGUUCCACCCAACGUAUUCUCUGCAAGGAGCCCAAGUCUAAGGAAUUUGAGCCCACCGACGUCUUUACGGUCAAUGAUACCUUUACCUCUAGACAUUAUAAGGUCAAGGUUCAAAACAUUGCGGUGCGGGAGAGCGAGCCCGAACGGCAGGAGACUCGGACGAGGAUCGACGAGAACCGGCGCUACGUGAUCGAGGCGACCAUUGUGCGUGUCAUGAAGACCCGCAAAACCCUCGAGCACAAUCAACUGCUGGCCGAGGUCAUUGAGCAGCUGAAGUCC